UUUGACAAUUUGUUGUUUUGAUUUUUGACUUUGACAAUUACACAAGUACCCAAAGAAUUUAUAAACAGUAAACAACACUACCAAUUUCAAUACCUAUUAGUAGGACAACAGCAUAUGAUACGAUACCGCUGUAAUUUAUUACUCUUGUAUAUACUCAAAUAAAGAAAAGAUUUUCAAGUUCCUAUUAAAAUGAAUUAAAAAAAUCUAUGGAAGGGGUUCUGUGGAAAUGGACAAAUUAUUGGAAUGGCUGGCAGACAAGGUGGUUCGUUUUGGAGAAUGACAUAUUAUCCUACUACAAGUCCCAAGAUGAAGUUGAUCAGGGCUGUAAAGGAUCUAUGAAAGUACAGGCUUGUGAAAUAAAUGUAGUUCCUUUUGAUAAUACAAGAAUGGAUCUGGUCAUACCUGGUGAACAACACUUAUAUUUACGAGCAGCUACUUCUACAGAAAGGCAACAAUGGCUGGUUGCACUGGGGAGUGCAAAAGCUUGUGUUCACAGAAAUGGUACACUGAAUGUUGAUUCAAAUCCAGAUGCUCUGAAAACAAAAAAAUCUGAGUUAAGAUUGUAUUGUGACUUACUGAUGCAGCAAGUACAUGUUAUUAAAAAUGCUGCACAAACACAUGAUCCUGGUAUUGAGAAAAUGGAUGAAUCUACUAGACUUUUGGGUGCUACAUGUGAUACAUUUAUUAAGACUUUGGAAGAAUGUAUGUCGUUAGCUAAUGCCAAUAUGGUUUAUGGAUUAACAGUGAAGAACGAAACUAUAUUACCUUUACCCAAUACCAAUUCAUCCAUUCGAAAGAAAAAUGUACUUAGAAACGAUUUUCAAGAGUCGUAAAAGAGUUGUGAAGUUAACCUAAACAUGCCAAACAAGCUGUUCAGCAUUUUCCGGGCUUUGUCAGAAGUGGACGAACUAUGGAUUUGUUUGCUGUAUCAGUUAUAGUUUUUAUUUGAUGAUAAAACUUGUUGAAUGAAUAGUAACUAAAAUUAUGUAUUAUUCUGUUUCACCACAUAUAUAUUUGUAUGUUUUCAUCUGGUAUUUAUUUUUUAUAUUUUUACAAUCCAAAAUGAAUUCGAAUAUCUAUUCCUGACAGUGAGGUAUGGCAACAGCCUCUAAAAUUUUAUAAAAUUUUUGAUCAUAGUCACAUCGCCAAAGUAUUGAUGAAUUAUUAAUUUAUAUCUAUUCAAUAAAUGUGAUAUUUAUAUCUUA